AGGCCAUAAACUGCGCGUUCACGUGAAAUAAUAGCGCCCCUGUACUUUCUUAGACGCUAGCUCGCUACGUGCUUUUAGCAAGACAGUGUAAUGGACGUCAUGCUUCAUAUGAAGAUGUUAAAGGACAUUUUAAGUGUGCUUUGCACAAUUUGUCUUGUCACCAAUUUUUCCACUGCAGCCCAAGACGGCACUAAUGGGAAAAAGGACCAAGAGUGUCACAACUACGCUGGAGGACACGUCUACCCCGGAGAGGCUUUCCGUGUGCCCGUCUCUGACCAUUCCCUACACCUCAGCAAGGCAAAAAGUGAGUAUUGUCCCCGUCCCUUGCACGACUUGUAUUUUAACAAUCGCGUUGACUCUAAAAUACUUUUAAAUAACGUUUUUUUUUUUACUCAACAUUACAUGAAUAUGGUACUUUUGUUUUUAGCUGCGGCUGGCUAAAUAGCUUGACUGCAGGCAACUUAAUUAGCUGACUUGAUUAACUAGACACCGUGCCAAUUAUGCUGCAAAUUGGCCAGUUUUCCCUUGCCAAGUUCACCACUGAAGUUAGCAUGACAUUUGUAUGCGUGUUAUUGUAAUAAUAUGCCAGAUUUUACUUGUAGAUCAAAAUUUCCAAGUAGUAGUUAGUACAUUUGGACACGUCAUGCCAAAAAACUUGGCUCCAACUACUGUCUCGAGGACAGGAGUACCCGCGCAAUUACAGUUGCUGCGCACCACACAAUCCCAAUGGAUGCAUCUCAGUCAGUGUUAUGUUAGCUAAGUGGCUUCCUCUAUAAGAGUUUACACCUUCAUCUGCAUUCGUUAAAAAAGGCAGGUGAAAUGUAAAUUGUCAGUAGAUGGCCUCCAUUAUAUCUUUCACAUUUCCUGCGUUUUCCAAUCAGAAGAUUGAGAUGUGACAAGGAAGCCAAUACCAGACUUCUGAGACGCACCUAGCCAGAAUACACUAUAUAUACGAAAGUAUGUGGACACCCCUUCAAAUUAGUGGAUUCGGCUAUUUCAGCCACACCUGUUGCUGACAGCUGUAUAAAAUCGAGCACACCGCCACGCAAUCUCCAUAGACAAACAUUGGCAGUAGAAUGGCCUUACUGAAGAGCCCAGUGACUUUCCAACAAGUCAGUCAAAUUUCUGUUCUGCUAAAGCUGCCCCGGUCAACUGUAAGUGCUGUUAUUGUGAAGCGGAAACGUCUAGGAGCAACAAUGUCUCGGCCUCAAAGUGGUAGGCCACACAAGCUCACAGAACGGGACCGCUGAAGCGUGUAGCGCGUAAAAACCAUCUGUCCUCGGUUGCAACACUCACUACCGAGUUCCAAACUGCCUCUGGAAGCAACGUCAGCACAAAAACUGUUCGUUUGGAGCUUCAUGAAAUGGGUUUCCAUGGCCGAGCAGCCGCACACAAGCCUAAGAUCUUCAUGCGCAAUGCCAAGCGUCGGCAGGAGUGGUGUAAAGCUCGCCGCCAUUGGACUCUAGAGCAGUGGAAACACGUUCUCUGCAGUGAUGAAUCACGCUUCACCAUCUGGCAGUCCGACGGACAAAUCUGUUUUUGGCGGAUGCCAGGAGAACGCUACCUGCUCCAAUGAAUAGUGCUAACUGUAAAGUUUGGUGGAGGAAUAAUGGUCUGGGGCUGUUUUUCAUGGUUCCAGUGAAGGGAAAUCUUAACGCUACAGCAUACAAUCUAGACGAUUCUAUGCUUCUAACUUUGUGGCAACAGUUUGGGGAAGGACCUUUCCUGUUUCAGCAUGACAAUGCCCCCGUGCACAAAGCGAGGUCCAUACAGAAAGUGUAAUGUAGAUUCCAACCCUACAGCUUGCUUACAGCUACACUGGGGUCUGACAAGCUUCCUGUUUAGAUUAAAACAUUGCGGAACCGGCACGAGAUAUGGCUUGGGAAAUGUACCUCAAUCCAGGGAUAAGAAACAUGUUGUACUCUGAAUUGUCCCAUUAUCCCAACUGUUAAACGAGAAGAUUGAACAACUGCUUGUUUUUCCAGAAAACUGCCCUUUUUGACCUCAUGCUAGGUAGCAUAAGCCACACCAGCUAUUUUGGAAUGGCAGUGUCAGCCUUCUUCUUCGAGGUUUAACGGUGGUUGGCAUCCAAUAAAUGUUACAUUACCGCCACCAACUAGACUGGAGUAUAACUCCCUUAUACUUUGCUUGAAAAAAGGAAAAUAAAUCAACAAAUAUCUAACCCUACACUCAUUAAAAACCCACCACCCUACUCCACUGUUUAAAUAUAUCUAGUCCUACCUCAGGCCAACAGCCUGAAAGGACGGGACUCAACACAGCCUGUAAGUCUUUUAACGUCAAAUCUCGUACACCCAAAUACUUUUCUGCAGCCAUCACCACAACCUCUAUUUUCUGCGACUUAUGUUCCAUCCCUGCAGUACAGUGGAUAACCAUUGCUAUGAACGCUAAAAAGCCAAUCUUACUAUAGCAUAUAUCACUUGUUUGCCUAUCCCCCUGUACUGAUACAGAUCUACUACUCAAACGAAUCCCCUCAGGAUCCCUCCCCCUAGACCCAUCUUCCUCAACUUUCUUCACUGCCUCAGCAUACGACACCCUCUGCUCUACUCUAACCCUGGUAACCUCAACCUGCCUCUCUCGCACCGGACAUUUCUGAUCACCAGCCCCAUGGGCACCCCUACAAUUAACACAUACCGCUUCUUUCCCCACAUUUCUCACACCUACGGUAGGAACCUCCCUCUUACACACUGCUGCCACAUGCCCAUAAGCUUGACACCUGUAACAACGUAAUGUAUUUGGCACAUAAGCUCGUACGGGAUAACUGAAAUAUCCUAACAUCACUUUGUCGGGCAUAGACUCAUCAAAACUCAAAAGAACAGACAAUGACUUCGGUGUCAUCACUCAUGCCACCCUGUCUGUUUUGCAACACACGGCGAGCAUCAUAAACACCAGGAGUCUUUCCCUUCAGUUGGUCCACUUUCACAUUUACCGCUACCUCAGUAAUCACUCCUUUCAAUGACGCUCUUUUCUUGAGAGCAAAACAAGUUACAGCUCUUGUCCCAAUUCGUUUGGCGCGGGACGCCUGCUCCCGCUGACCAGCAGUGUCAGCCAAUCGGCUCCUUUGUUCUUCAACAUGACAUGCCAUUCCAUAAUGCAGCUGUGGCUACUGCUAGCUAGCAUGAGGAUGAAAAAUGGCAGUUUACUUAAACUAGUAGUCGUUCAAUCUUCUUGGUGUAACUGUUGGGAGAAUGGGACAAUUCGGAGUACAAUGCAGCUCUCAUCCCUGGCUUGAGGCUUGUUUUCCUAGCCAUAUCUCGUGCUGGCUCUGCGUUGUCUUAAUCUAAAUAGGAAGCCUGUCUGACCCCAGUGUAUCCAUAAUCAAGUGUAGAGUUAUUUACACUACACUUUCUGUAUGGACCUCGCUUUGUGCACGGGGGCCAUUGUCAUGCUUAAACAGGAAAGGGCCUUCCCCAAAAUGUUGCCACAAAGUUUGAAGCAUAGAAUCGUCUAGAAUGUCAUUGUAUUCUGGCUAAUAUGCACCCAAUGAUGUGAUGCACCCCAUGGGGUAGCCAAGUGUGCCCCAAGCCUGCCCUGAGACAUAGGCCUACCUGCACACUGCUCACCAACAAUGAACAAAUACUAUUAGUUGUCGGCCAAGCAUACUAUACUGAACAAAAAAACAAAAAGCUUAUUUCGUGCAGAAAUGUGUUUACAACCCUGUUAGUGAGCAUUUCUCCUUUGCCAAGAUAAUCCAUCCACCUGACAGGUGUGGCAUAUCAAGAAGCUGAUUAAACAGCAUGAUCAUUACACAGGUGCACCUUGUGCUUGGGACAAUAAAAGGCCACUCUAAAAUGUGCAGUUUUGUUACACAACACAGAUGUGUCAUGAUUUGAGGGAGCAUGCAAUUGGCAUGCUGACUGCAGGAAUGUCCACCAGAGCUGUUGCCAGAGAAUUGAAUGUUCAUUUCUCUACCAUAAGCUGCCUCAAACGUCGUUUUAGAGAAUUUGGCAGUUCGUCCAACCGGCCUCACAACCGCAGACCAUGUGUAACCACGCCAGCCCAGGACCUCCACAUCCGGCUUCUUCACCUGCGGGAUCAUCUGAGACCAGCCAUCCGGACAGCUGAUGAAACUGAGGAGUAUUUCUGUCUGGGGAAAAACUCAUUCUGAUUGGCCUACGCCCUCCCAGGCCCACCCAUGGCUGCACCCCUGCCCAGUUAUGUGAAAUUCAUAGAUUAGAGCCUAAUUUAUUUAUUUCAAUUGACUGAUUUCCUUAUGAACUGUAACUCAGUAAAAUCGUUGAAAUUGUUGCAUGUUGCGUUUUAUAUUUUUGUUCAGUAUAAAUGCAGUAAUCAUGUGCACAGCAGUAGUCGUAUACUUCCUGUUUCUUUUUGAUUUUGGAUCUAAAGACUUUUGAUUUGUUUGUCCCUAAAAGGUGAGAAGCAAAUAUCUUGCUUGCUCGUGCUUUGAACCAUUAUCAAAAAAACUAACUUGUUUUUGCAGUUUCAAAGCCUGCACCUUAUUUUGAGGGAUCAGCUGUCAUCGAUGGAGAGUUUAAGGAGCUCAAACUGUCUGACUACAAAGGAAAAUACCUAGUCUUCUUCUUCUACCCCCUGGACUUGUGAGUACUAGCUCUUACUGACCUUCAUCCUAAAACAAACCUCUUUGUACUGUUCGUUGCAACUCUUAGUUGGCUAGUAACUCUAACAGUUAGUGGGGGGGAGCGAGAACCGACUGGGGAAAAAACGUUUUGAACAGUCAUCCAACUCUACAUUUCAAGUAGGAAACUCGGGAAUCUUUCUAGAGCUCGGACUUUCUGACCUGAAGAUCACUGACAUCAUGAUUUGACCUCUUUUUUUUUUUUUUUAUGUUCCCAGUUGUCUUGAAAGCACCAUGACAAUCAGAUGCAGGUACCAUCCGUCCAGUAAAAUAAAAAAGGCAAUUAUUUCAAUUUAUGUUCUGCAGUGCAUCGCAAGUGCUACACUAACUUAUCUAUUUUGUUAUCAAAGCUCACAUUUUGAAAUAUAAUAUGGUCUGAGAAUAACAAUAUUGGCAGGCCAGGCAUAUAGGCAAUAUGCUGUAUUCAUGUAUUAGGCCUCCUGCCCAAACCUCAUUCGUACAGAACUGUUUUCAUUAAAUUAAUGUUUUAAAAAAUGUAAGCCAUGAUUUUUAAAAAGCAGCAAUCUGAGCGGUAGAUCUCUGCUUGCUUUUUGACUGUGAAAGUUAUCUUGACUUGAAAGGUUGGUGACCACUACUCUAUAAUAUCAAAUAGAAAACUAAAUCGUCCGGGGUGUAUUAAUUACCUCUUGCAAUGGAAACCGUUUACUUUUUUAAGAACCAAAUGGAAGCAAACAGAGAACGAAACGGGGAGGGACCUACCUGAAUUUAUCCAAUAGAAACUCUUGUUUUUGGUACAAAACGUUUACUUUUGCAACAGUAUCGGGUAAAGAAUACACCCCAGCUUUUAAAUGGGAGAGUCUGGCCUAUUUUUCUCUUAGUAGCAUAUCAUAAAAUGUACACUGUAGUAACUGUUUAUACAUAUUUUUCUGAGUUACCUUACCAUUACAUAUUCUAUAUUAUAGAACCAUUGACUGAAUGAAAAUGCAGUAUGCUAUGUCUAAAGUAAUAAUGCUGUUGACUAUGUAUUAUUCUGAUGACGCUAACUCUGUGUACCUGCAGCACGUUUGUCUGCCCAACUGAGAUUAUUGCGUUCAGUGAUCGUGUGCACGAGUUCCGUGCCAUCAAUGCUGAGGUUGUUGCCUGCUCUGUCGACUCACAAUUCACCCAUCUAGCAUGGUAAGAUUAUAAGCAUCACACCCCUCUUCAGAGGUGCUUGGACUUAUUCAAAGAAUUUCAGAUUUGUUAUGUUGUUAACAGGAUCAACACACCCAGGAAGCAGGGUGGACUUGGGCCAAUGAAAAUUCCUCUGCUGUCUGACCUCACACACCAGAUUUCCAAGGACUAUGGAGUCUUCCUGGAGGACGCAGGACAUACACUCAGGUGCAGUUAGAAACUCACACACAUGGAGUAGAAACUACUUCAAAAGACGAUGACUAGUCUGGGUUUGAUACAACUCCUAUAGCCAGAGCAUUCAUCCUCAUUAACUUAAAAAAAUAAAAAAUGGGUUCAGUGAGAAACUGUACAACAAAAUACCUGUUAACUGUUUUAAGUUCAUGAAGUCUAAAGUCAUGCAGUUUGAAACUGAAGCAAUCAUUGUUGUCAUUCUCCUCCACAGGGGCCUGUUCAUCAUCGAUGACAAGGGAGUCCUGAGGCAGAUUACCAUGAAUGACCUCCCUGUAGGGCGCUCUGUAGACGAGACCCUGCGGCUGGUCCAGGCCUUCCAGUACACUGACAAACAUGGCGAAGGUACGGUUCAGUCUCAACACAUAACACAUUCUCAGAUAAACUCAGCAAAAAAAGAAACGUCCUCUCAUUGUCAACUGCGUUUAUUAUGUGUAAAUAUUUGUAUGAACAUAACAAGAUUCAACAACUGAGACAUAAACUGAACAAGUUCCACAGACAUGUGACUAACAGAAAUUGAAUAAUGUGUCCCUGAACAAAGGGGGGGUCAAAAUCAUAAGUAACAGUCAGUAUCAGGUGUGGCCACCAGCUGCAUUAAGUACUGCAGUGCAUCUCCUCCUCAUGGACUGCACCAGAUUUGCCUGUUCUUGCUGUGAGAUGUUAUCCCACUCUUCCACCAAGGCACCUGCAAGUUCCCUGACAUUUCUGGGGGGAAUGGCCCUAGCCCUCACCCUCAGAUCAAACAGGUCCCAGACGUGCUCAAUGGGAUUGAGAUCCGCGCUCUUCGCUGGCCAUGGCAGAACACUGACAUUCCUUGCAGGAAAUUACACACAGAAUGAGCAGUAUGGCUGGUGGCAUUGUCAUGCUGGAGGGUCAUGUCAGGAUGAGCCUGCAGGAAGGGUACCACAUGAGGGAGGAGGAUGUCUUCCCUGUAACGCACAGCGUUGAGAUUGCUUGCAAUGACAACAAGCUCAGUCCGAUGAUGCUGUGACACACCGCCCCAGACAAUGACGGACCCUCCACCUCCAAAUCGAUCCCGCACCAGAGUACAGGCCUCAGUGUCACGCUCAUUCCUUUGACGAUAAACGCGAAUCCGACCAUCACCUCUGGUGAGACAAAACCGCGACUCUUCAGUGAAGAGCAUUUUAUGCCAGUCCUGUCUGGUCCAGCGACGGUGGGUUUGUGCCCAUAGGCGACGUUGUUGCCGGUGAUGUCUGGUGAGGACCUGCCUUACAACAGGCCUACAAGCCCUCAGUCCAGCCUCUCUCAGCCUAUUGCGGACAGUCUGAGCACUGAUGGAGGGAUUGUGUGUUCCUGGUGUAACUCGGGCAGUUGUUGUUGCCAUCCUGUACCUGUCCCGCAGGUGUGACGUUCGGAUGUACCGAUCCUGUGCAGGUGUUACACGUGGUCUGCCACUGCGAGGACGAUCAGCUGUCCGUCCUGUCUCCCUGUAGCGCUGUCUUAGGCGUCUCACAGUACGGACAUUGCAAUUUAUUUCCGUGGCCACAUCUGCAGUCCUCAUGCCUAAGGCACAUUCACGCAGAUGAGCAGGGACCCUGGGCAUCUUUCUUUUAGUCAGUAGAAAGGCCUCUAGUGUCCUAAGUUUUCAUAACUGUGACCUUAAUUGCCUACCGUCUGUAAGCGGUUAGUGUCUUAACAACUGUUCCACAGGUGCAUGUUCAUUAAUUGUUUAUGGUUCAUUGAACAAGCAUGGGAAACAGUGUUUAAACCCUUUACAAUGAAGAUCUGUGAAGUUAUUUGGAUUUGUACAAAUUAUCUUUGAAAGACAGGGUCAUAAAAAAGGGACGUUUCAUUUUUUGCUGAGUUUAUUAAAGCUAGACACUUAACUACCUUUGGUUUCUAUGGAUGGUCUUUGUUUACAGUUUGUGUGAAUUCAAUCAUUUUUCUUUUUGCAGUGUGCCCAGCAGGAUGGAAGCCAGGCAGUGACACGGUGAGUUUCAUCCUGUGCGUGUGUGUGUUUCCAAGUAAAUGUGUGCAUGAGAGAGAGAGAGAGAUUAUUUUCAUAGACAUUUCUUGAGACUCUUGCACUAAUUCAGUGUAUUACUCUCCAUAGAUAAUCCCAGACCCAUCGGGCAAACUCAAGUACUUUGACAAGCUGAACUGACCCUCCUUUGCUCUCUAAACACUUUGGUUGAAGCUCAGAAUAAAAACAGAGUUUUGAUAAUCUGGUGUCUGAUUGUUUUAGCAAUGUAGAGGCAUAUUUGACAUAAAUCUAAUUAAAUCUCAUCUAGUGAUGUCGGAGUAAACUGGUGACCUUUGAGAUGAGAAACGGGCCAGGAGCUACAACAACAAAAUAAUGCCUUUUGGAAAUGGCAGUCACCCUCUCCUAAAUGGGAGACACUAGAUGGCGAUGUUGAUGAAAUUAAUGAAAUGCAUGUUUUCAUGUUUGCAUAGUUGGUGUAUUGGCCGUGGCCAAUGGCCCGCUCUCCGAUUAUUACUUUUUUAAAGGCCCUCCUCUUGGCUGCAGAGACAAAAUGUUGCUGUUUUAAAACUUAUUUCCUGCAAUUCUACACAU